UAAAAUAUAUUUGAAAAAAAAGUGGGAUAUAAAAUGAGAAACGGCUUGUCGUUCAUGUGCCAUGCUUCUUCACCACCACUCAUCAAUUCUCCAGCGGUUGAUGCUGGCCUCUAGUUUGAGAUUCAGGCGCUUCAAGUAUCAGUAUCACUACCAGUGCUAUUGUUCAUGCACCAACCCUUCUCAAGCUCCGGUAGCAUUCACUGCCAAAACCGUAUGCAACGAGUCUCUGCUCUUCCGCUAUCUAACCAAAGGGUGGCAUCACGAAGCACGGAACCUCCUUCUUCAGAGCUUUUCAGCCGGAGACCUCCACGCCCGUGUUGUUCGAUGGACCUCGCUGCUCACCAACUACACCCGAAAGGGUCAUGUAUUCGAAGCUCGGAUGCUGUUCGACGUAAUGCCUCACAGAAACAUAGUCACCUGCAAUGCCAUGUUGUCCGGGUACUUGCAGUCCGGGAUGCUCGACGAGGCUCGCUGGUUUUUCGAGAGCAUGCCGGAGAGGAAUGUGGUUUCUUGGACCGCGAUGCUUGGUGGGUAUGCGGAUGCGGGGAGGGUUGAGGAUGCGAGGAGGGUGUUUGAUGUAAUGCCGGAGAGGAAUGUCGUGUCCUGGAACGCGAUGGUUGGUGGGUUGGUUAGGAAUGGGGAUUUGGAGGGAGCGAGAAUGGUUUUUGAACAGACCCCUUGUAGAAAUGUGGUGUCGUGGAAUGUUAUGAUCGCGGGUUAUGCUGAAAAUGGUGCAAUGGAUGAGGCGAGGGCAUUGUUUGACCAGAUGGAGUUUAGGAAUGUGAUUACUUGGACUAGUAUGAUAUCUGGGUAUUGUCGUGCAGGGAAUGUGGAAGCGGCUUAUGGUUUGUUUCGGACUAUGCCGGAGAAGAAUGUUGUUUCUUGGACAGCCAUGAUUGGUGGGUUUGCUUGGAAUGGCUUUUAUGAAGAGGCAUUGUUGCUUUUUCUUCAGAUGUCACUUUCUGAUUCCAAACCCAAUGGGGAGGAGACCUUUAUUUCUCUUGCCUAUGCUUGUGCUGGUCUUAGUUUCCCUUACCUCGGCAGACAGUUGCAUGCUCAGCUGAUUGUUAAUGGCUGGAAGCUUGAUGAUUAUGAUGGUAGGUUACGGAGGAGUCUUGUUAGGAUGUACUCAGUGUUUGGUCUUAUGGACUAUGCAAGCAAUGUGUUGGAAGGUAAUCUGAAUAACUUUGAUGAUCAAUCUUUAAAUUCUAUGAUAAAUGGUUAUGUACAAGCCGGUCAGUUAGAAAAGGCUCAAGAGUUGUUUGACACAGUACCUAUCCGAAACAAAAUUGCAUGGACUUGCAUGAUUUCCGGCUAUCUUAGUGCAGGGCAAGUAUUCAAGGCAUGCGAUCUCUUUGACAGCAUGCCUGAUAGGGAUUCCAUUGCAUGGACUUCAAUGAUUUCUGGGUAUGUCCAAAAUGAGCUGAUCGCCGAAGCCAUCAGCUUGUUUGGUGAAAUGAUGGCUCAUGGAUUUUCUCCUUUAAAUGGCACGUUUGCUGUUCUUUUUGGUGCCAUGGGUUCGGUUGCAUAUCUUGAUCAAGGGCGGCAAUUGCAUGGUAUGCAGGUGAAGACAAUAUAUGAAUAUGAUUUGAUUCUUGAGAACUCUCUGGUUUCAAUGUAUGCAAAAUGUGGGGAGAUAGAUGAUUCUUAUAGGAUAUUCUCAAACAUGGCUUAUCGGGACAAAAUUUCAUGGAACUCCAUGAUCAUGGGCCUCUCAGAUCACGGGAGGGCCAGUGAAGCUUUAACGGUGUACGAAACUAUGCUUGAAUUUGGACUUUACCCUGACACUGUUACUUUCCUAGGUGUCCUAACAGCAUGUGCUCAUGCGGGUCUUGUUAAUAAAGGGUGGGAGUUAUUUAAUUCUAUGGUCAAUUCUUAUGGACUUCAACCUGGCUUUGACCAUUAUAUUAGUAUCAUCAAUCUUCUGGGCAGGGCUGGGAAGGUGAAGGAUGCAGAGGAGUUUGUGUUGAGGCUACCUGUUGAACCAAAUCAUGCGAUAUGGGGGGCAUUGGUUGGGGUGUGUGGGUUGAGUAAAACUGAUGCAGAUGUUGCUAGUCGUGCAACUAAACGACUGCUUGAGUUGGAUCCUUUGAACGCACCAGGUCAUGUUGCCCUUUGUAACAUAUAUGCUGCAAAUGAUAGACAUAUUGAGGUGACAAGUUUAAGAAAAGAAAUGAGGAUAAAAGGUGUGAGGAAGGCACCUGGGUGUAGUUGGAUAUUAGUUAAGGGUAGAGUUCAUGUAUUCUCGUCAGGAGACAGAUUAGAACCACACGUAGAAGAUAUAUUACUACAAAUUUGAGAUAGAAAUUGUUUUUUGGGAUUCUUAAUCCGCCCCUCAAUUAUCAUGCCUUCAUUGUUUUUAAAAAAUCAGAUCAAAAUUUGAAUUAAAUUUGACAUUUGG